CCCCUUUUUUAUAUUCCUGGACGGGCCACUGUGUGUAAAUCAAGUGUUGUAUAUAUUUGGUACAACAAUAUUCCUACAGUACAAUAACUUCCCUGUGUAGUGUACGAUACAUAAACUGAAGUGUCACUAUGGGCCUAUGGGGUGUCAUCAAAACAAAUCGAAGUGUAAUGUGUCACGUUUUUAACUGCCUCAUGACCCACAACCCCUUCAACUGACUGUAUAUGACACUUACAUAAUAACCUGUGACCUACUACAUGUCAUGACUCUAUUUCAAGUCGAGUUUGAGGAUCGUUGGCUGGUUGAUUAUGGGCACAUAGAACAACUGGUACGCGAGGUGACGGAAACAGUCACACAGAGAAGGCAGACCUUUGUUGGUACCGUUGAGCACGCACUACUCUCAAACAAACUGAGAAACUCCAUACCUCAGGUAGAGAGGCAAGUAGAUGCUCUGAUUUCAAGACUAGACGAUUGGGAAUUACGAGAUUUGACACCGGCCGAGCGCGAGAGACGAAUACGCCUCUGCGAAAAGUUUCAGAGUGCCAUAAAGAAAGCCCACAUGGAUUUUAACGAGAGAAAAUACAGAUCGAUAGGGCCAGCUGAGAGUGCUGCUUCAGGCUGGGGGGUCGAGGAGGACACAGACGACACCAGCAUCCUCACCGCGGAUGAUCUACGUCAGCAGCAACAACGUCUCCGUGAAGAACAAGAUUCUGGCCUUGAAACUUUGUCUCAAGUGAUAUCCCAGCAGAAGAGAAUUGCCUCUGCCAUUGGUACGGAGGUGGAUGGGCAGAAUGAUAUACUGGAUGAGAUUGCUGACCGUACUGACAACACACACAAUCGACUCGUUGAUGAAACAGGCCAGAUCUCUGUUGUAACAGAGAAGUCUAGAACAUGGCCAUUCUGGUUGGUGAUAGGAGUUCUCUUCCUGGCCAUCAUCAUUGUCGCUGUUUGGUAACUUGUAUAACUUUACAGUCACAGAAAACAGUCUUGUCAUUCUUCCGACCUGAGACUCGUGAACCUAUGAACCCGAGACAUCACACGUUGUUGAGCCCAUAGAUGGCGCACUGUGUGGUUUCUUGGAUUCAGAGAUUCAUGAGUCUCGGGGUUCAUGGAUGGGAUUCAGAACUGACAGGAUUUUUUUCAAUGACAAUACCUUUUCAAUAUAUUUUUGGUAAUCUAGCAGAGCAUUGAUUAUAUGUUGAAAUGAUUCUCAUCUUUUGACAAAUAUUAUAAGGAAUUAUAAAAAUGUAUCUCAGUGCCUCUAGUGUCUAUAAUCAGUGCAAGUUCUUGGAGGGGGAAAGGGGGCAACUGUAGCCCUUACUCUGUCAAUGAUGCACAGUAUGUGACACAAAGCUUACAGAUAAACAUAUUACUCAGUGUAUCCUGCGGAGAAUAGAUAACUUGCAAAGCAUAUGAUUCUACCAAGGAAUAUAAUUGUUGACCAAAAAAUUGAUGGAACAAAAGUUUGCUCUUUUUUGUUGCCUUGCAUUGUACUCUGUAGCAUUCGCGGGAUGGCAGUAUUAUGUCAGUUUCAGUGGAACUUUUAUUUGAGCUUAGGAAAGAACGAAAUUAUCUUCAACCCCUUGUGUAUGGGUUCCCCCUCUGAGCUGAAUAAAAUUGUCUGACGUUUGCCAAAUACAAUAUUAAAAGUGGUGUCCCUAUAGUGAAGGGGAUAAUUUUGAUCUGGAAUGAGAAUUGUGAUGUGGCAGUUAUUUAUUUUGUUAUGUAUUAUGUGUAAAACAGCCCGAGAACAUUUAGAGCAGAGGACUACUUAUCACCAACCCUCUAUAUGAGGAUGGUACUCUGAUUGAUUGAUGUGUAAUGAGAUGUAUUAUUUUCACCCAUCAGCCAAUAUUGCUAAGGUAUAUUGGUGGUGUGUUAGUCAAGAAGUGUGCCUGUGUGUGUGUGUGUCUGCAUCUCUCUCGUAAGCCAAACUUGUUAACACAGUUCACUUUAUAAUUUUGGAAUGGUUUGCUUGUAAUUUGAGAGGUAUGGCACAUAUCAUUCCAGUAUUACCACUCAAAGAUGUACAGUGUAAAGGCAUUACAGAAGGGAUAUACUCUGUAAAAAAAUUUCCCAUUUAAACCCAUUACAGUAUUUAAUUGGAAAUUUGCUCAUACAGAUUUUUUUCACCCAAGGGAUAUAACAAUAAUUAAGUCACAAAAGAAAGUAAACUUUUUUAAACUCACAAUAAAUGGAGAAUUUAAUAUUUUAUGAUAUAAAUGAUGAACUGUAUAUUACACAAAAGACUUGAAUUUUAUUGACCAGAAAGGAUGAUGUUCAUUGGUCUGUGAGGUGGUACAGCAGCUGCACUUGAUGGCCUCUUUCCUCUAUCUUAUACCCAGAUUUUCUUAACUUGGGGAUGACUGUAUGUGUGGAUUUUUUUCAGUCAUGGGGUCAAAGGUCAAAUCACUUACUAAGUUUGUAAAGGGAUUUUCCAGUCCACGAAGGUACAGUACAGUACAAGACUUACUGAAUUUGGAUGCAGCUACUUCAAAUGUUGCCUUACCUGUAUUAAUGAUACUGUACAUUUUAAAUGAGGCAUUUCUCAUUUUCAGAGAAUGGUAUAGACAUGAAAAAUUUUCUGACAAAAGUUUAUUGAAUACCCAGUUGUAAACACUUGAAUGAAAGAAAAACACUGUACAAGAAUCCUGAUGACAUAACCAUCACAGUUUUUUCCUUAGUUAUAUGCCUGUCUGAGUGUGUGUGUACAUGGCUGAAGUCUUACCAACAUCAGAUAAUCUAGUUUUUAGCAUUGUGUUUCAUUACCAUAAACAAGUUAAAAAAAUUAAUGCAUUUUGUAUGGUAUAGAAAUGCAUUUGUUACUGACUGUUGUUCCAUUCCAUAAAUAUAGACAAAUUGUAGUGUGUUCUGCAAGAUGUGAAAAUAUACUGUCAUUUCUCUGUAAUGUUCUUUAUCUCUGUUGGUGCCUCAUUAUUGUACUGUAGUUCAGAUCAUGUGAUGUAAUAUGUAACCAUGGGAAUUAAUUCAUACUCGUAAAAACUAAUUCAGUUCUGGAGAAAUGAUGCAUGAUUGUGGGAAUGAGAAAUUAUCAUGAGAAAGUAUUCAUCUGUGCAUUGGGAUAUGUUUUCAGGUUAAAUGCUGGGGAAAUUGUUUGCAUUCCCAUCCUAUGUUUAAAGUGGAUAUUAUGUCAAGUUACAAGAGGAAGGUUUAUUACUGCUCUAGUUUCUCAGUAGAUGCUCAGACAUAAUUAACUAAAUUCUUAAGUGGAGGAAUUUAUAUCCUGUGCAGGUUCUUGUAUUAUAUUAAUCAGAAUCUUGGUAAAUGAUGCAUGAAUAUAAAUCUAGAUAUUUUUCAACAUUCCAUCAGUAAUUUAUAUAGAUAGGUUAUCCUAGAGUGAUUCUGAAGGUGAUGACAAAGGGUAUUUUUUUUUUUAUGAUGAUGAUAGAUGGUUUAUGUUGAUUUGUGCACAGGGACGAGGGUAAAGAGAGGAUACCAUAGGAGCCCUGUUGUAAAUGGGGAAGACCUUAUCCCCAUUACUGUGUGUACGUCUGUUAGAGAAAGUGAAGGAUGGUAAAUGAAGAGAGUCAGUGUAUUCCAGUUACCCAUUGCCAAUCGGGAAAAACUUACAGGGUGUGAAAGAUAACUUGCCACAGAAGGUUUAUAUUUAAAAAUGACAAAAAGAAAAAACAACCCUGCUGAGCCUAGAAGAAUAUGAAGAUUGUAUAUGAGUUAUACUGUAUUUAGUUGUACGGUAUUUUUAAGGUAACAUUUAUUAUUAUGUAUUUACUUUCAUGAAGAUGCUCAUCCAUAGAUCCAAUUAAAAUAUUUGUAUCCAUAAA